AGGCGGGGAUCGAUGUUUCAUUGGUUGCUAAGGCAAGGGGUCGAAGAAGCCACAAUUUUGAAUGCCAUUUUUUAAAAGUUGUUUGUGCUACGAAUAGAUGUAAUAAAAAAAGAAGAAAUUAUGCAGAUACACAAGGGAGGAGAUUCAAACAUUCAUUUUUUAAAAUGUUUUCCUUUACGUCCGGAAAGGGACGGGGCUAACCGAGGCAUCCUGUAGCCUGACAUCCGGCGUACUCGGAUUUUUAACAUGGCCGCUCAGCUGUACACACAGGCUAUUUCGGCUCUCUUCGCAUUGAUUUCAAUUAUGAUGUCUUCGACUACAGCCGGAAAUAGCAGUGCAACUGCUAUUUUAGCUAUUGUUUCGAGUGGAGAUUCAUCUUCUCGAGAUCAUUUGGGAACACUGACACUUUCUCCGUCUGUUUCUCAAACAAUCACUGUCGUGGGAGUUAACAUUGUUAACAAAACUGAAAUUUCUUUUACGCCAACAGACAUGUCUAAGAAUGAAGACUGCAGCAACGUAAAGCGGCUUCGGACUUUUUUCGCAUCUUCAGCAAGUGCAGAUAAAACAUUAGCAGCAUUUGACAUAACACUUGACUACCCAGAUCCUGGAGAAACUUACUAUUACAUAUGUGUGAAAGUUGGUGAUCAAGGGACGUCUUCAUCUUGGGUACACCAAGGCAGUGAUGCGUGGUUGCGAAUAGCUAUUAAAGAGAAAGAAGAGAGUGGAACGUUGAUGCCCAUAUGGUUACAGAUAAUUGUUGUUAUAAUACUGCUAUGCCUCUCAGGUCUGUUCAGUGGUCUUAAUCUGGGACUCAUGGCGCUGGAUAAAACAGAGUUAAAAAUCAUUGAAAAGUGUGGCUCGCCAGCUGAGAAAAAGUACGCAAAACUUAUCACACCACUUAGAAAAAGGGGCAAUUUUUUGUUGUGUACACUUUUGUUAGGCAAUGUUAUGGUAAACAGUACUGCGACAAUCUUGAUGGACGAAAUGUCUAAUGGUGUGAUUGCAGUUGUAGCUUCAACACUGUGCAUUGUUCUCUUUGGUGAAAUAAUUCCACAGGCUAUUUGUUCUCGCCACGGGCUGGCAAUCGGAGCCCGAACUUCGUUUAUUACACGAUUUUUUAUGAUUGUGACGUUUCCAUUGUCAUUCCCGAUUAGUUUGAUUCUGGACAGGAUUCUGGGUGAGGAAAUUGGACAAGUUUAUGACAAAGAAAAACUGCAAGAAUUAAUCAGAAUGACAGCAGAUCACAAAGUUCUUCAGAGUGAUGAGGCCAACAUUAUUUCAGGCGCUCUUCAGCUUGCCAACAAACGUGUGGAAGAUGUCAUGACCAAGAUGGAGGAUGUAUUCAUGCUUGACAUCAAUACCAUUUUGGACUUUGAGACUAUGUCAGAGAUUCUGAAGUAUGGGUACACUCGUGUGCCUGUUUAUGAUGGUGAUAAAACCAACAUAGUUCAUCUUCUAAACACAAAGGAUUUGGCACUAAUAGAUCCUGAUGAUAAUACACCCUUGAAAACUGUGUGCAAAUUUUAUGAUCACAGACCAUUGUUUGUUGAUUAUGAUGUAAAGUUGGAUUCAAUGCUACAAGAUUUCCUUCAAGGUAACUCACAUAUGGCCAUUGUGCAGCGUUUGCACAAUGAUAAAGACACAGAUCCAUACUUUGAAAAUAUAGGUGUUGUUACACUGGAGGAUGUCAUUGAAGAAAUCAUACAGUCAGAAAUCAUUGAUGAGACGGAUAUGCUGACUGACAACCGUAGGAAAAAGCCACGCAAACGAGAGAAGCUAGACUACAAUGUCUUUGAUCAGAAACAGGAGCAGAUAAGAAUUUCCCAGCAGGUUGCUUUUGCUGCUUUUCAGUACCUCUCCACAGGAGUGGAACCAUUUAAAGAGCAGUAUAUUUCAAGGAGUGUGCUAAAGCAGCUCAUAAGGCAAAACAUUGUACAGACCAUGAACCCAGAGACAGCUGAUUCAGAGAAGAAAAACUAUAUUUAUGAGUGUGGAAAAGAAUGUGACUAUUUUGUGCUUAUUUUGGAAGGUCAUGUAGAGGUGAAGAUUGGAAAAGAGAAUCUGGUGUUAGAGAGUGGACCUUUCAGUUACUUUGGAACAGACUGCCUUGAGUGUUUGAAGGAUUUGAAACUGGAGCAAGUAAAAGAUAUCAGUUUACGCAAGUUGCCUCCUUAUAUACCAGACUUUUCAUUAUCUCCCCUCACACCAGUGGAGUUCCUGCGCAUCCGACGUGUUCACUACCUGGCUGCUCGGCGUACAUCAUUGAUUAUAUCAGCAUCAGCUGGUGGUACGGAGCAUGAGGAGGCAUUUCAUAAGGAAUGGCAUCGCACAUUAGCAUGUGAUACCAUUUCACGCAACAACAGUUCUGCUGGCAUGUCUGACAUUGCUGAAACAAGCCAUGGCUUGCUAGAAGUGGUACAGAAACGUGGACUGCUCAGAGAUAAAAUAGAUGUUCAUAAUGCCAGUAUGGCACAUCCACGACAUCUCAAAAUGGGGGAUCUAGAGGAUCGUUCUUCUAAAGGAAGUCAGGAAUCACUUCCAGGCAGAAAUGCAACUUCGAACAAUGUUAGCGAUAUCUUCCAUCUCAGUGACAGCAGCUCGCAUGGAGAACAUGUGCCAGUUGUUGAAACACCAGGCUCUUCUAACAGUGAUAAACUCCCAUCUGUUUCUGUAAUGCCACUGGCUUCAGAAACCGCAUCUGUGGGUGAAAUGCAUGAUAGCUCCAUGCACUCUGACACUGAUAAUCUUCAACAGAACUGGAAUGCCACAGGAGAGGCCUUUAAGUCUGCAGAUUCAGAAUCAUCAGAUGAAGGGACAGAUCUUGGGAAGGCUACUGUUGAUGAUAAAGUUCCUUUAAUGGGACCAAAGACAUCAGCUCAUGAACCAGUCACAGUUUGGGUGGACGAGGAAGAGAAAGUUCCUCUCUUUGGCAGAGAAAAGGAUGCUUCAGGGAUUUCAAGCAAUAAUGUAAAGUUAUAGUACUGACAGAGUUGCAAAGGAUAAAGAUUUUUUGCAUAUAUGGGUGUAUGUGUAAUUACUAACAAUAAAUAUUGACAUAUAAAGUUUUGAUGAUCACUAACAAGGUUAAGUGAGAAUAUUUUGAAGUUGACUGUAGUUUGUGUAAAGAAAUAUCAUUUCUUCUGUUUUGUUGUUGUUUUUUUUUUUUUUUUCACAGGGAGACAUUAUUUCCGAAUUGCUCAUUUUAGAGGAGCAGGCAGGUUUUUAUAAUUGGAAGGGAGUGAUGAACCCAUUUGAUUAUGUUAGAAGUUUUUUCUUAACAUCAAAUAAAAAGACAUCAAAGGUAAAUGACAGUUGGCUUGAGUUUACCUUAAAGUAAAGCAGUUUUAAUCACCAGAUAAAGGGAAGUAGGUGCAAGCAUACCAAAUAAUCGAUUAGUUCCCUUUACUGAUUUUUAGUUGAAACUGAGUGUAGCAUACAGGACUUGUGAAUUUUCUUAUCUUUGUGAAUGUCUAUUUUUAAUACUUGUAAUUGUUGAACAGUUCUGUGGAAAUUGAAAGGGAUAAAUUUUUUAUGUAUUGACAUUUGUUUAUGUGAAUAUUACAUGCAUAGUUUUUUUUAAAGACUGCAUCCAAGAGGCAGGCCCAAGUAUGUAAAGCUAUCAUCCUUUCUUGCUAAACCAAAGAGCACAUGCUUUGGGAGGCCUUUACUGCUUGUGCCAUCUAUAAAAUUCUUGACAUUUUUUGGUCAAAAUAAAUACUUCAAAUAUGUGUUUGUACUAACGAAAUAACUCAGAAAUAUGUUGACAAAAAUGGCAAAGCAAAUCUCCCAAAAUGAAAAUCAUAAAAAUUCUUAUCCUUAAUGUCCAGCAGACGACCUUUAUUGAUAUUUCCAGCAUUUACAUUUUACAAGUAAUCUUUGCUGAUGUGAGCGCACCUGACAAAAAGGAACAGCAAAUUAAUAGGAAUUUAACUCUUUCCCUUGUCUUUAAUUGUCUAGUUUUUUCCUGCAUCUUUACACCGGGAGAAAGUAACAGCAGAUUUGUUACUUUUUGAAUUGAAUUGAUCACUAAUUUCUUCAACAUUUACUAGGCUUGCAGCCAAAAACACCUGUCUAUGAUGCAUGGAGCAGAAGAUGCUAGCAGACAUUAAAACAACAUUCUUAUAAUUUAUUUGCAUCACAGUUAAGUCAUAAACCUCUGUUUUAUUUAUCUAAGGAAUAUAGAAGCUGGUUCCAAAACAUUUGUGAUUAAAUUUUUUUGUGAACCUUUGCAAGCAAUUCUCUAGCAAUAUUUUUUUACAUUUGUGUCAUAAUCCAGUUGUGAAUUCAAAAUUCAAAUGAGAAUCAAAGUUAGUAUAUUCAAGCACAUUUAAACUAUUUGUUUUGUCAUAUGGCAUAUUUUGUGAAAGAUGAUUUUUAAGGAUUUGCUUUGUGAUCUGCAGAACCUAUAAAGCACAUUUAAAAAAAAGUAUUUCAUGAAGGGAAGGGGAGGAUGAACACAAGAUGAAAUCAUUUACCACAUAGUAUAAUCUUUUCAGGGAAUUAUUACAGCAGUAGCGAAAAAUAAAUUGGGUUUUUAUUUUUUGCAUAAUGCCAGUUCUCACAAUAUAAGCUAAUGGAGCUAAUGGACAAAUAAUUUUUAGUCUUGCUUUUCUAAGCUGUUUUCUUUUGGCACCCUUAUUUUUGUAGUUUGGUUUUUCAAAAAAAAGUUCUUGGUGUGAUAUAGCCUAACUUUGCUGGCAUGGUGUAAAACAGUAACAACAUUCAAAGAAAGUUGCUCUAAAUUUCCAUUACAACAUAGCCUGUCUUGUUUAAGAAUGUGAUGAAUGAUGAACUCUCUUAAAAGCAGCUUAUUGUAAUAUUACUAGAAAGUUCACAGUCAAGCUGCUAAUGUAAAACUUCUGUUGUGCAUUUGCAACAUAUUGAAUAAAGUGACCCCCUUUCCCACACAUGCUCACACCAUUUAAAAAAAAAAUCCAAGAAAAUUACAAACAGUAAUUACAUUUCAGUAACUGUGAUCCUUUUAAUUUUGAAAUUUUUUUUUAGGAGUCUAUUAGGGACAAAUGGCUAUCAAAAAUAGUAUGGGUCAUUUCCCUAAACUGCAAUUGUAAGAGGUACAGCACAAAUGCUUGAUGUUUAUGACUGGUAUACUAUACUCUUCUUUACAAGAAUGAACUCGAUGCAGUUUGUAACCCAGCUGAUUUACAUCCUGUUUGAAUUUAAGUCACUGAUUAAGUAUAAACAAAGCCCUGUCUUUAUGGUGUCCAGGUUUCCCAGCAUCUGUUUGGUGAAAGCACAAGGAGUAAAUUUAAAAAUCACAGCAAGUGUGUCAAAAUCAAAAGUUUCUUUGCUAGACACAAUCUUUUGCCUGGGCCCACAGCAUUGCUCUGUAUUUCUAUCUGAGGCUGUACAAAUUAGAAGACUGACUUGAAAUGCACUCGUUGCAUAGGUCAUUUGCAUCUGAGUGUGUUCAUGGAAACUACAGCACAUUCAGGUUGCCAGAGAUAUGCUAUACUGAAUGUUGGAUCCCCAAAUAAUGUUGUUCAUAACAUGUAAUAACGAAGGAGUGCACUGUUUUUCCUUAUAUUGUUUAGGAAUAAUGAAGAGGGGUCCAGUGAAGCUAUUCUGGUUCCAUAUUGAAAACAUGUGUAAUUGCAUAUAACAAAUGUAGUGACCAAGUUUCAGACUUGCUUUACUCAUAGACUGACUGCGCUUUACAUACAUAGAUAAAUGUGGUGAGAGGCUUAUUUUCUUCCAUUUUCAAGGUUUGUUUUUGUGUCUCAUCUAUCUCAUUUUUCAGUUCUUCUAUGGACGUGUUAAGCGCAGGGGACAGCCUAUUGAGAAUAAAUGCAUACCUUCUGUGAUAUUUAUGGCAUAUGUGAUAUUGCCAUGAUUAACAUGAUGAUAAAGGGAAAAGAAUAAUGGUGAUGCUGUGAAUUCGGUAUUAAUAUGGAUUGUGUUUCUUGCAAAUUUUAUCCCAUUGAGCACUUAUCAUUGACCAGCAUUUUGAUAAAACAGACUUAAGGGUUUUCAUUAACUGGUAAAAACAGUAUUUUUGCCAGAUACAUUCGUGCUUAUACUUACUGUUACAAAAUGCUAAUAGUAAUGAGAAAGACACUUUUAGCGUGUAUAUGUUCAUGCAUGUUUUAGAGUGUGUGUGUUUUCUUGUGUGCAUGCAUGCAUUUGUGUGUGCAUGCACAUUUAUGCAUGUGUGAUUUUAACUUGGAGGAACAGUUUUCAGGGAAAAAAUAUAAGUUUCAGCAUUCAUGCAAGAUGCAAUUGAACAGUACUUACGUUGAGAAAUACUCAAGAAUCACUCUUUUAAUGAUACAAUUGUGAAUUUGUUAUAUAUAUGAGAAAGACAAUUUAAUGUGAAGUCAUAUGGUACAUGGAGCAGAUCAGCUGAUACUGCCUUUAGAUAAAUUUCCACCACUCCUGGUAGUGAUUGAUUAUUUUUCUUUUAUGAAAAAAUACAGUGUUUUAGGGAAUAAUGUUUUUUUGAUCAUUUCAAAGUCGUAAAAUCUAGCCCACAGCACCAGUUGUAAUUUGGCAUGCAGUUCAUUUUGGUUGGUUUGUUUGUGUAUGUCUGUCUGUGCGAGCACACUACUUUGAGUUUGUACCAGAGAGAGAACGUAUGUUUAGUUAAGGGACCAGCACUGUUGCCCUGAAGUUACGUUCCUGUUGAUUGCGAAGAUUUGGAAUUUGUUAAGCGUAUUUUGUUUUGUAGUUUCUUAUUUAUCAUGGAUGUUUUCAUUGUGUAAGCUUUUAAAAAAAACUGUAAUAAUUAUAACUAGCCUAACUAGCAGCACAUGUCAGUGAUUCCAGUUUGUGUACCAAAAUAGAUGUUAUUGUCUGAAAUAUUAAGAAAAUCGAAGGGAACAUUUGAUUAUGGCCCACAUAUUGUGUGUGUGAUGUUUUCACUAAUUAUAUUGUGUGCAACAUAGAUUAAUAUUAUCCAGAGAUACUGAUCUAAUUUUUUUUUUUCAAUUUCUGCUUGUUGCAAAUAAAAAUGGCUAAAUUGUGAUCUGUGAUCCAUGGUAUGAUGCACAUCAUUGUUAUAAUAUCAGAUUAUGAUUACAUCACUGCACAAUCAUAUGAAUACAAAUCUCCAGUGUUUGUACACUUUUUUGAAACAGACCUGGUUUUGUGAGGUUUUUUUUGUAUGGUACAUUUUUUAGUUUGAACUUUUGUAGUCUCUCUGUAUUGCAGCAUUUUUGCUUUUUUUUUAGGUUCACAAUAUUUGAUGUUUACAAAUAACAUAUACUAAGUAUACUGGCUAGGUUUUUUUUGGUAUAAAAUUUGAAAUUUAAAGUUUGAGGUAUCAUUUUGGUACAAAAAGCUAGCCAAUAUUCUCUUUGUUUUAAGUGCCAGUCUUAUGUAUUACACUAAGCUUAGUGUGCUGUUAAACUGUCACUUUCUUUUGUCUGGCUGGCCAGUAAUAUCCAUUGAGUUCUUGUUAUCCUUUGACUAGGCGAUAUGUGUACAUCAACACUUUUCUAUUCUCAAAGAGUUAGAAGGUUAACAAUAUAUGCGCAUUGAUAUUUAUUUGGAAAGUCAGACGUAUUCCUGAGUGUACUUUGCAGUUGUUUCAUGCGCCUUACCGUCACUGUACAUAUAAUCAGAUGUAAUGCAACAGGGCUGUAACCAGUGUUGUAAUGACACAAUCAUUCCCUCCUCUUAGCUUUUCCCCCACUCCCACACCAAGCACUUCCGUCCAGCUCAGGAAUAGCUGAAAGAAUGGAAAGUUUGACUUGGGAUUUGAAAGAUACAGAUUAAUAUGAGCUGAAAAUAAGUCUCAGCACACCAGGUCUUUCUCCACAAUCUUGCAGGAACCAGUCACAGUUUCUUCAUUAGCUUGUCAAGUAGUGCAUUACCUCAGCUAAAGGGCUGUGAAGAAGUGAUGUACACAAAAAAUGUCUUUACAGAUUGUUGUAAUAUUUUGGGGCUGGGGUGGGGAAUGCAUUCUCGGGGAUUUUUUGAAAAGGAAACUAACUUGUUACUGCUGCACAUAGUGCAUGGUUCCUGUUAUGUGACAGCCCCCUGAGGAUGAUGCAAAAAAAAAAAAAGCAUUGGCUGCUGUUAGAAAUGUGGAUUUUUUUCUAUCAGUGUCCAUUUGCUGUAUUUUAGGAACCAUAUAGAAUCUGUUACGAUGUAUUGAUAUUAGUUUACCAUUAGGGAUAAAUAAACUCACCUUUGCUAGUAUA